GGAAGUCAGAGUUCCAAAGUACAUAUACAUCAUAGCACAUGGCUUCAUUUUCCUGGCCACAAUUUACGCUGGAUACUGACUUUUAUCCUCUUGUUUGUGCUGGUGUGUGAAAUUGCAGAGGGCAUAGUGUCUGAUGGGGUUUCAGAGUCACGGCAUUUACACCUGUACAUGCCAGCUGGGAUGGCAUUCUUGGCGGCCAUCACAUCGGUUGUCUAUUACCAUAAUAUUGAAACAUCCAAUUUCCCGAAGCUGUUAAUUGCAUUGCUGUUCUACUGGACUUUAGCAUUCAUAACUAAAACCAUCAAAUUUGUAAAGUUCUGUGAUAAUGGGGUUGGAUUUUCUCAGCUUCGGUUUUGCCUCACAGGACUUCUGGUUGUUCUAUAUGGGAUGCUACUAGCUGUGGAAAUCAAUGUCAUCAGGGUGAGGAGGUAUGUUUUCUUCAAAACUCCUAAAGAAGUUAAACCUCCUGAGGAUCUCCAGGACCUUGGCGUUCGAUUCUUACAACCGUUUGUGAAUCUGUUGUCCAAAGGAACAUACUGGUGGAUGAAUACGUUCAUCAAGACUGCCCAUAAAAAACCAAUAGACUUGAAAACCAUAGGAAAGCUUCCCAUUGCGAUGAGAGCUCUGACCAAUUACAUUCGCCUUAAUGAGGCCUUUGAAGCACAGAAGCAAGCCACAAACCAGCACGCUUACUUGAUCCUUACUAAGGGUAGGAAAGAAAUCGUGGUUCUUGUUGUGAAGUGA